AUGGGAGAGAGACAGAGGGAGGAGCUGGUGAGUGCAAAGCAAGUAUCUGAUGAAGAUGCGUUCCUAUUUUUCAUGAACCCGGAUGCACCUGCCAUGCUGGACCGAUUGUUGCGCCUCUUGGCUAGCUAUAACAUCCUCACAUGUGAACUCCCUCUUGGUAAGGCUGAAAGGCAUUAUGGUCUUAACCCUUUGGCCAAAUACUUUGUCAACAAUCAAGAUGGUGUCUCCAUGAUUGCUCCCUUUCUCAUUAAUCACGACAAAGUCCUCGGAGACAUGUGGUACCACUUGACAGAUUCAAUUAAGGAGGGUGGCCUUCCAUUUGACAAUGCUUAUGGAAUGACUUUCUUUGAAUUCCAUGGCACAAAUCCAAGGAUCAACAAGCUUUUCAACAAGGGGAUGUCCGAUUGCUCUAGCAUCGUAAUGAAGAAAAUUCUUGAGACCUAUACAGGCUUUGAGGGUCUUGGAUCCAUGGUUGAUGUUGGAGGUUGUACUGGAGCUAUUGCUAACAUGAUUGUCUCCAAGUAUCCCACAAUAAAGGGCAUUAAUUUUGACUUGCCCCACGUUAUUAAAGAGGCUCCAUCUUAUCCAGGUGUGGAGCAUGUUGGUGGAGACAUGUUUGUCAGUGUUCCAAAAGGUGACGCCAUUUUCAUGAAGUGGAUAUGUCAUGACUGGAAUGAUGAGCAAUGCUUGAAACUUUUGAAGAACUGCUAUGAUUCCAUUCCUGAAACGGGGAAGGUGAUUUUGGCUGAAUUCAAUAUUCCAGUAACCCCGGAUUCUAACUUGGCCACAAAGUGUCUGUUUCAAAUGGAUGUUUUAAUGUUGUGUCAUACCUCAGGUGGAAAAGAGAGAACAGAGAAAGAGUUCGAGGCUUUGGCUAAGGGGGCUGGUUUCCAAGGUUUCCGUGUAGCGUGCUCUGCUUUCAACUUUUAUGUCAUGGAAUUUCUUAAGAAGGCUUAA